AUUACCCAACCAAAACAAAAACAAAAUACCCGAUCUUGUUCUUCCCCUUCUUUCUAUAUGUGUUCAUCUUCCCUAAAUUAAAUGUCUAGAUAGGUUAAAAUUUCAUUCUUGCUCAUUCAACUGGUACUACCCUGGUUCAUUAUCCUUCAAACAACAUUUCUUGAACCACAAUUUCGUUAAGGAUGCACAAGGAAUUUUUGGCAAGCCCAAUAAAAUCAACUGUUGAUAAAUUUCAACUCAUUCCUGAGUUUUUGAAGAUGAGAGGGUUAGUGAAGGAACAUUUGGAUUCUUACAAUUACUUUUUUAAUACCGGGAUGAAGAAGAUGGUUCGAGUUAACAAUGAAAUUCGGUCAUCUGUUGACCGUGGUAUCUAUCUCAAUUGGUGAACCAUCUGUUGUGUUGGACGGUGUUGCUGAGAAGAUCAACCCUCUGUCGUGCAGACUAUCAUCUAUGACGUAUGCAGCACCUAUAGAAGCUCAUAUAGAGUAUGUCACUGAAAGUGCUGGUCAAAAGGAAUUACGUACUAAGAUGUAAUUAUAGGAAAAAUGCCUAUUAUCUUACGAAGUCAUCGAUGUGUGUUAUAUGGGAAGGAUGAGACAGAGCUAGCCAAACUUGGUGAAUUCCCCCUUGAUCCUGGAGGGUAUUUUGUCGUGAAAGGAAAUGAAAAGGUGAUUCAGAUUCAAGAGCAACUGUUGAAUAACAGAAUAAUCAUAGAAGUUGAUAAGAAGGGAAAUUUGGUUGCAUCUGUCACAUGCAGCGCUGCAACAUUAAGGACCAAAAGUAUCAUAGUGAUGGAAAAAGAGAAAAUAUAUCUACAACUCAAUUCAUUUCAGACUAAGGUUCCCAUUAUGGUGGUGAUGAAGGCAAUGGGAAUGCAGAGUGACCAAGAAGUUAUGCAAAUGAUUGGACGAGAUCCACGCUACAGUUCUUUACUCUUGCCUUCUAUUGAGGAAUGUGCAACUCUUGGUGUGCACUCAAAACAACAGGCGCUUGAAUUUCUAGAUAACAAGGUAAAAAAAUCACAAUUUGCAAGUGCUCAACCUGAAAAGGAAGAUAGAGCUUUACCAAUACUGCGUGAUGUAUUUCUUGCGCAUGUUCCGGUGUGUGAGAACAACUUUCGUGCCAAGUGUAUAUAUGCUGCUGUGAUGUUGAGGCGCUUGUUGGAGGCAUUCUUAAAUAAAGCUGCAGUAGAUGACAAGGAUUAUGUCAUAAACAAGCGGUUUGAACUCUCUGGACAGUUACUCUCACUCCUUUUUGAGGACUUGUUCAAGACGAUGAUCACUGAAGUCAAAAGAAAGGUGGAUGCUAUAUUAAUUAAAAAAAGUCAAUCUAGCAGAUUCGAUUUUUCUCAGCACAUAAUUGCCGAUACUAUUAGCUUUGGUUUAGAAAGAGCUCUUUCAACUGGCAACUGGUUUAUCAAACGUUUCAAGAUGGACAAGAAAGGUGUAACACAGGUACUUGGCAGGCUUUCUUACAUUCAAGCAUUGGGCUUUCUUACAAAAAUUCAACCCCAGUUUGAGAAAUCGAGGAAAGUUAGUGGACCCAGAGCUUUGCAACCUAGCCUGUGGGGAGUGCUUUGCCCAUGUGAUACACCAGAAGGUGAAUCUUGUGGAUUGGUAAAGAACUUGGCACUGAUGACUCAUGUUACUACCGAUGAGGAGGAAGGCCCAUUAAUAUCUUUGUUUUCAUUCAAAUUGGCAUGCCAAAACAAAGAACAGAAGUAUAUGCAUGGAACAACUACAAGUCUCUUUUUGCGUGAGGGUUUGAUUGAGUAUCUUGAUGUUAAUGAGGAAAACAAUGCCCUGAUCGCAUUGUACCAAGACCAAGCCCAACUGGAGACAACUCACAUCGAAAUUGAGCCUUUUACAAUCUUGGGUGUUAUUUCCCCAUCACAACCAGUCACCUCCAAAUACUUAUCAGGCAUUCAUAUCUUCUUUUCUUUAUGUACUAGUGUGAUUGUUGUGAUGAGUAUUCCCUACUCCAUCAACAAGAUAUCCAUUGACUUGGUGAUAUGGAAUUUAACUGAAUUACUAGUAGUCGGUUUUAGGAAGUGCACUAAGUAUUUGAGAAUUGAGAGUAAUGUUACUCCUCUUUGGAUACUCGAUUUUAAUUUGGUUUACUUUUUUGAAAAGACAUGGGUCUUCGUACUUCUUAUACAAGUGAAGUACGACAAGCUUGGUGCUGGGCAGAAUGCAACGGUUGCUGUAAUGAGCUAUAGUGGAUACGAUAUAGAGGAUGCUAUAGUCAUGAAUAAAUCAUCAUUAGACCGUGGUUUUGGACGUUGUAUAGUGAUGAAGAAGAAGAAUGCAAUCAUGCAGAGGUAUGAGAAUAAUGCAUCUGAAAGAAUAAUUCCACCAAUAAGAGAAGGAUUUUUUGCAGAAAGAAUGCAGGUAGUAUCUUUUUGUUCCAUGUGCCACAUUGUGGAAGGCCUAUUGUUCGUGAUACCUAGUAUUGCAUUUUGUCUAUGUGUUUAAGGGUGUGUGCAUGCUUGUGUGCUGUUGACAGGGGCGAUGUGGGGUUAGGG